CCAAAAUGUAUAUCUGGGAAGUUCUUAGCCUGAACGUGCAGUCGGCGGUGCAGAUGCCUUCGAUACGUCGUUCGCGCAGACCUACCGCUUUGUUGUAGACUUUUGGGAGGCAGUCGUCGUGGUACAAGAAGCAAAGCUGGGAUGGGAGUGUCUACUACGCCGGGGAAGCCUAGACUGGGCUUACGCGAGGGACGAUCGAGGCCGUCACGUGGGACGCGUCCGGCGCGCGACGAACGCGCUGGAGGAGCGAGCGGCGAAUGGCCUGUUUCGUGUCUCCCAGCCGCCUCCUACACAUGCGAUCCCGUCUUUCUCGGCUACCUCCUCACUGCGUUCCCACUCGCCACAACCACCCCGGCAGUCCACCCAUCGCUCGCCACCCUUCCGAAAGAGUCGCCGAGCUGGCAGAUAUAUCCGGAGACUUUCUAUGACGGUGGCGCAUAUGUCCACUUUCCGCAGGGCGCGGUCCGCUAUUGGCUCACAGGGCCAGAGAAGGGACAACGAGUUGUUCUCAUUCAUGGCCUUUCCGUGCCGUCUAUCAUCUGGAAAGACGUUGCACCUCAAUUGGCCCAAAAUGGGUUCCGCGUACUGCUCUACGAUCUUUACGGCCGCGGCUACUCCGACGCGCCGCAGACAACGUACGAUAAUGGCCUAUACACGACGCAGCUCGCGCUGCUCAUGCAACACGUCGGGUGGGAUAAGGCGCACAUUGCGGGCGUCUCCAUGGGUGGAGGGGUCGCUGCAGCGUUCAGCGCCCAGUUCCCCCACCUCGUGUCUGACAAGGUCGCGCUCGUCGCGCCGACAGGGCUGCUCAACCCGACCGACCUCUCGCGGACAACCCGAUUCCUCUCCUCGCCGCUUAUGCAGCUGUUCACGGCAAGCUGGCCCGUCCGCCUGUACAUCAGGUACCUUGCAAACAGCCACCCAACCGAUGAUCCCAUCGCAGAGCUUGUAAGACUCCAGUCGGCGUACCUCCCUGGGUUCAACGCCGCCGUGGCCUCUUCCCUCCGGGAUGGGCCCGUGCGGAGCCUCGCGCCCGCAUACGCAGCGCUCGGGCGGCGAGCUGACAAAUAUAAAACGCCGAGCGUCCUCCUUGUCUGGGGCACGUCAGACACGGUCGUCCCCUACCGCACGUCGAAGCGCGUGCGGACCCUCGUCCCGAGCGCACAGCUGCUCACGAUCGAAGGUGGUGGGCACGACAUCACGAUCACGCACGCGAAAGAGGUCGGCGCUGCGCUGGUGAGGUUCUUCAAGGGCCAGCCGCUUCCAUGACCCCUCGGUGAAAGAGGACGACGGAGAUGGAUGCCGCAGAGGCAUCAUGAUGGUGAUAUGAUAGGUUAGGUUACGAUCGCGCUUCCCUGUGUCGAUGGACGGUUCGCGCUCUUUUAGUUCUAUUUUAUUGGCUUCGUUUCGUUCGCUUUGUACUCUCGCUCGCCGUUCGGUCCUCUUUGUUCCACGGCGGCUCUCCUGUUACACUCGUCUUCCCCCGUUCCACGACCCUAUCGAGGACCUUUACACACGUACGCACUACUAUACAUUUGUUUGUCGGCACCCCCUCGAGUCACAAAAGUACACUUGAUAGGUUAAUGUUGUUCGCGAUAGAUGUUGUACACCGCUCAUACGUUCAUGUAUCCGCUGUUGUAUGCCAUCUCUCCCGUCUCCUGCGCACCCUGUGAAAUCGCGGAGAGCGACUCGGCAGACUCGUAUCGUGGCGACGUC